AUGGGUUUUCUUGUUGAUUCACAAAAAGGUGGUGUAGGUGUAAGGGGUGGUGGUUGUUUUAGGAGUUUGAUAAGGAGAAAACAGGUUGAUUCUGUUCAUUUUAAAGCACAUGGUCAUCGUCAAUUAGCCAAGGAGUUGUCUGUUCUUCACCUUAUUGCUAUUGGUGUCGGCUCAACUAUUGGAGCUGGAGUUUAUAUUCUUGUUGGAACAGUUGCUAGGGAGCAUUCUGGACCAGCUCUAUUUAUAUCCUUUCUGAUAGCUGGAAUUGCUGCUGCUCUUUCAGCCUUUUGCUAUGCAGAACUUGCAAGUCGUUGUCCAUCUGCCGGCAGUGCCUAUCAUUAUUCCUACAUAUGUGUUGGAGAAGGUGUUGCUUGGUUGAUUGGCUGGGCUUUAAUAUUGGAAUACACAAUCGGUGGUGCAGCAGUUGCUCGCGGCAUAUCCCCAAACCUAGCGUUGUUCUUUGGAGGUCAGGAUAGUCUACCAUUUUUUCUGGCUCGUCUACAUAUACCCAUGCUUGAUGUUGUGGUUGACCCUUGUGCUGCUAUUUUGGUAUUGGUUGUCACUGGGCUCUUGUGUGUGGGAAUAAAGGAGAGUACUUUGGCACAAGGCAUAGUAACCUCCAUAAAUGUGUGUGCCAUGCUUUUCAUCAUAAUAGCUGGUAGUUAUCUCGGCUUCAAGACUGGAUGGGCUGGAUAUGAACUUCCUACUGGGUACUUUCCCUUUGGGGUGGAUGGGAUGCUUGCAGGGUCUGCAACUGUCUUUUUUGCAUACAUUGGCUUUGAUUCAGUUGCCAGCACCGCCGAGGAGGUGAAAAAUCCUCAACGAGAUUUACCUCUAGGCAUUGGGCUUGCAUUGUCUAUUUGUUGUUCUUUGUAUAUGCUGGUCUCUGUUGUCAUUGUUGGUCUGGUACCUUAUUAUGCUAUGGAUCCCGAUACCCCUAUUUCCUCAGCAUUUGCUGCUCAUGGGAUGCAUUGGGCAGCGUACUUAAUAACUGCCGGAGCAGUUAUGGCUCUCUGCUCAACAUUGAUGGGCUCAAUCCUUCCUCAGCCUCGAAUUUUGAUGGCAAUGGCUAGAGAUGGGUUGUUGCCAUCAUUCUUUUCAGAUGUUAAUAAAAGGACCCAAGUUCCUGUUAAGGGCACAUUGGUGACUGGCUUUGGUGCUGCAGUAUUGGCAUUUUUUAUGGAUGUUUCACAACUAGCUGGGAUGGUUAGUGUGGGCACGCUUCUUGCAUUCACUAUGGUAGCAAUUUCCGUAUUGAUACUGAGAUAUGUUCCGCCAGAUGAGGUGCCUUUUCCAUCUUCACUUCAGGAGACUAUCGAUUCUGUGUCAUUAAGAUACAACAUGAGUAGCCAAGAUGUCACUGAGGAAAAGGCUGCAGUUUAUGCCGGUACCUCUACGGAUAGCAAUUUGCCGUUAUUAGGCAAAGCAACAGCAGUUGAAUAUCCUAUAAUUGUAAAAGAAGAAGCUCAAGGCAAUUUUGUCCUGAAUGAAGGGAACAGGCGAAAAAUUGCUGGCUGGAUCAUAACAGCCACGUGUGUUGGGGCUUUUCUCCUUACUUAUGUAGCUUCAGAGUUGAGUCUUCCAAGUUUUCUUCGUUUUACACUGUGUGGAAUUGGUGGUGCACUUCUCCUUUGUGGUUUGAUUGUGCUGACCUGUAUAGAACAAGAUGACGCGAGGCACAGCUUUGGGCAUUCAGGAGGUUUUAUUUGCCCAUUUGUUCCACUACUUCCUAUUGUCUGCAUUCUCGUCAACAUCUACCUGUUGAUUAAUCUUGGUGCCGCCACGUGGACCCGUGUUUCUGUAUGGCUUAUACUUGGAGUGCUUGUUUAUACGUUCUAUGGGCGGACUCACAGCUCGCUACUGGAUGCUGUGUAUGUGCCUGCAACUCAUGCUGAUGAAAUUUAUCGCAGCUCUGGAGAAAGUUUAGCAUAG